GACAAUGAACCGUUUAAAAUAUUUUAAAUCUGAUCAAUAAAAAGAUUUGCUGGCUGUUUAACUUAAAAAAGAGGUUAUAGAAGUAUAUUGACUUAAACGAAGAUUUUGAGUGCCUUAAUUGUCAUAUAGACAUAAAAACUUCAAAUUAUUUUUACUGCAACUUAUGUCCGACGAAAUUAAAAGGCAUCCAAGAUGGUACUUUGGAGGGCUAGCAGCUUCCGCAGCCGUAUGUGUCACGCAUCCCUUGGAUUUGCUGAAAGUCCAUUUACAAACUCAAGUUGGACGCCAACUCUCCAUCGCAACUAUGACAGUGAACAUAAUAGAGAACCAGGGAAUAUUGGCUCUUUACUCAGGUCUUUCAGCUGCUGUAUGUAGGCAGCUUACCUAUUCAACUACAAGGUUUGCUUUGUAUGACAUUGCUAAAACUCAUUUCGAUAUGGGAAACUUCGCCACGAAAGUUUUAGUAGCAUCAGUGGGCGGUGCAAUAGGGGGUUGGACUGGUGUCCCCAGUGACGUAGUAAAUGUUAGAAUGCAAAAUGAUAUAAAGCUGCCUCCAGAAAAGCGAAGGAAUUACAAACAUGUUAUAGAUGGUUUUAUUAGAGUAUAUAAAGAAGAAGGAAUUAACCAGUUGUUUCGAGGAUCCACGACAGCAUGUUCAAGAGCAGUAAUGAUCACCGUUGGACAGUUAUCCGUGUACGAUGAGAUCAAAACUCAACUGUUACGAACAGGAUUAUUUAUAGAUAAUACAGUGACUUAUUUCACAUGCAGUUUUAUAGCAGGUAUAGCAGCUACUUUACUGUCACAGCCUUUAGAUGUCAUCAAGACCAGGCAAAUGAAUGCCAGACCGGGCGAAUUUAAAGGGAUUUUGGACUGUGUUAUUUUUACAGCCAAAGAAGGACCGUUUGCUUUUUUCAAGGGGAUUCUUCCGUCUUCCGUUAGAAUCAUACCGAAUACAAUAAUAGUGUUUAUAUUUUAUGAGGCAUUAACAAAUAAAUUCGGAUAUUUUAAAUAAUUUUU